CGCUCACAGUCCAGCUCGCUCGCCUCUGCGGCGGUGGGGACACCACCUCCGCUCCGGAGCGUUGGUCCUCUCACGGCUCCAGCACGUUUGCUGCUACUAAGCUGAGAAGAACUUUCUCAGAUUGAAGAAUUCAGGCUGAACCUGAAUUCCUUCAAGACCAGGAGACCUACAAAGAAAAAGAAAUAGAAGCCAUUAAGCUACCUUGUUCAGAGAGAACAUUAAAUCAGCACAACAUGGCACAGCAUAGUAUUGUCCUUGGAUUGUUCAUGAUGACUGUUUUAUCACUGUUGGAUGGAAGUUCAACUUUCCUGUUAAAUCAACGUCUGAAGGGAAGAUUUCAAAGAGACCGUAGAAACAUCCGCCCAAACAUCAUCCUUGUUCUUACUGAUGAUCAGGAUGUAGAACUUGGUUCUAUGCAAGUGAUGAAUAAAACAAGGCGUAUCAUGGAACACGGGGGCACUCAUUUCAUCAAUGCCUUUGUGACAACGCCCAUGUGCUGCCCGUCCCGCUCCUCUAUCCUCACAGGGAAGUACGUCCACAAUCACAACACUUACACUAACAAUGAGAACUGUUCUUCUCCAUCCUGGCAGGCUCAGCAUGAAAUACGCACCUUUGCAGUGUACCUCAACAAUACAGGCUAUAGGACAGCUUUCUUUGGAAAGUACCUUAAUGAAUACAAUGGCUCCUAUGUGCCCCCUGGUUGGAAAGAAUGGGUUGGAUUACUGAAAAAUUCUCGAUUUUACAACUACACACUCUGUAGGAAUGGAGUGAAGGAGAAGCAUGGAUAUGACUACUCCAGGGAUUAUCUGACUGAUCUGAUUACCAAUGACAGUAUUACCUUCUUUAGAAUAUCAAAGAAGAUGUAUCCUCACAGGCCCGUACUGAUGGUUAUAAGCCAUGCUGCUCCUCAUGGUCCUGAAGAUUCAGCCCCUCAGUACUCACAACUCUUUCCUAAUGCCUCAGAACACAUUACUCCAAGUUAUAAUUAUGCUCCAAACCCAGACAAGCACUGGAUAAUGAGGUAUACUGGUCCCAUGAAACCUAUACACAUGGAGUUCACUAAUAUGCUACAGAGAAAGCGCCUGCAAACACUCAUGUCUGUGGAUGACUCUAUGGAGAUGAUUUACAAUAUGUUGGCUGAAACAGGAGAACUGGGAAAUACAUAUCUAAUAUACACAGCAGACCAUGGUUAUCAUAUUGGGCAGUUUGGACUGGUGAAAGGGAAGUCCAUGCCAUAUGAGUUUGAUAUCAGAGUUCCCUUCUAUGUCCGAGGACCAAAUGUGGAGGCUGGAUCCUUGAAUCCUCAUAUUGUGUUGAAUAUUGAUCUUGCACCCACAAUUCUAGAUAUUGCUGGAUUGGAUAUUCCAUCUGAUAUGGAUGGUAAAUCCAUUCUAAAGCUUCUGGAUUCUGAGAGACCAGUAAAUAGGUUUCAUUUAAAGAAAAAGAUGAAGGUGUGGCGAGACUCGUUCCUGGUGGAAAGAGGUAAACUGCUCCAUAAAAGGGAGAAUGAGAAGGUAGAUGCCCAAGAAGAAAACUUUCUACCCAAAUACCAGCGUGUGAAAGACCUCUGUCAGCGAGCUGAGUAUCAAACAGCUUGUGAACAGCUUGGCCAGAGAAGUCUGAGCAGUCCUAGGGAAUCUGAAGUGAGAGCAGGAGACAAGAAGCACAAAUGGAGAACAAAGACUCAGAAGGGUGGUGAAGGACAAGAGACAAGGACAGAGCUUAAAGGAGAGAAAUGGCAGUGUGUGGAAGAUGCCAGUGGAAAACUCAAGCUGCACAAGUGCAAGGGAAUGGCAGACUUGGCAGCUGCAAGCAACAGCAGAGGCACCUCCAAUAUUUUGCCCAAGUAUUACAACAGGAAUAGUGAAGACUGCAAUUGUGAAGAGAAUGAAUACAAGCUGAGCCACAUCAGACAGAGAAAGAAACUCUUCUCCAAGAAAAAAUUCAAACCAGUCUAUGUCCGGAAUCGCUCUAUCCGUUCUGUAGCUGUUGAGCUGGAUGGAGCUGCCUAUAACCGGCCUUUAGAGGAUGGAUACCAGCCCAUCUUACCAAGGAACAUCACCAAGAGGGCUGUUUUCCAUGAGGAAGAAGAUAGAGACAUGGGGGAAUAUAGUGGCACUGGUAGCAUUGCAGAGUACACAGCCCCUAAUCUGAUCAAAGUGACCCACAGGUGCUAUAUCCUGGAGAACGAUACUGUUCAGUGUGACACUGAUCUGUACAGGUCACUGCAAGCUUGGAAGGACCAUAAGCUUCAUAUUGACCAUGAGAUUGAAACUUUGCAAAAUAAAAUAAAAAACUUGAGGGAGGUGAGAGGUCAUCUAAAGAAGAAGCGACCUGAAGAGUGUGAUUGUAACAAGCGAAGUUACCAUUCAAAACACAAGAGCAAACUGAGACACAAAGGAUCCAGUCUUCAUCCUUUCAAGAAAGCCCUACAGGAGAAAGACAGGCUGUGGCUGCUGCGAGAGCAGAGACGGAAGAAGAAACUGCGCAAAUUGCUUAAGAGAAUUAAAAAUAAUGACACGUGCAGCAUGCCUGGUCUGACGUGCUUCACCCACGACAACCAGCACUGGCAAACUGCUCCCCUCUGGACACUGGGCCCUUUCUGUGCCUGUACCAGUGCCAACAACAACACGUACUGGUGUUUGAGGACAAUCAACGAAACCCACAACUUCCUGUUCUGUGAAUUUGCUACUGGAUUUUUGGAGUAUUUUGAUCUCAAUACCGAUCCAUAUCAGCUAAUUAAUGCAGUGAAUACGCUUGACAGAGAUGUUCUUAAUCAACUGCAUGUCCAGCUCAUGGAACUCAGAAGUUGCAGAGGCUACAAGCAAUGCAAUCCAAGAACUAGGAACAUGGAUCUCGGACUUAAAGAGGGAAGCUACGAGCAGUACAGGCAGUUUCAGCGUCGAAAAUGGCCAGAUGUGAAGAGACCAUCAUCUGCCAAGUCACUAGGACAACUGUGGGAAGGCUGGGAGGGCUAAUCUCCCCCAGCUGCUGCACCUCUGUGAGGACACAAACGCGCCAGGACUUGAAUCCAUAUACAGACUCAACGAAUUGCAACAUCCACCUGAAGGACUGGAUAAACUUUGAG